AUGAAUACCAUGACACUAAUUUACAUACUUUGUUUUUUCAAUUUGUGUGUGGCAUGUCCAUCAAAGAAAUGUGUCUACCCAGCAAUAUACAACUUUGGUGACUCCAAUUCAGAUACUGGAGCUGGAUAUGCAACAACGGCAGCUGUUGAGUAUCCUAAUGGUAUAAGCUUCUUUGGAAGCAUCUCAGGAAGAUGUUGCGAUGGUCGUCUAAUUUUAGAUUUUAUCAGUGAAGAAUUGGAGCUACCAUAUCUAAGCUCAUACUUGAAUUCAGUUGGAUCAAAUUAUAGGCAUGGAGCUAACUUUGCAGUAGCAUCCGCACCGAUUCGUCCCAUCUUUUCCGGUUUAACCAAUCUCGGUCUUCAAGUAUCUCAGUUUAUUUUGUUCAAAUCACACACCAAGAUUCUCUUUGAUCAACUCUCUGAUAAAAGGACAGAACCACCUCUCAGAAGUGGCCUUCCAAGGAUUGAAGAUUUCUCAAAAGCCAUUUACACCAUUGAUAUUGGACAAAAUGAUAUUAGCUAUGGUCUGCAGAAGCCGAACUCUUCAGAGGAAGAAGUUAAAAGGUCAAUUCCUGAUAUCUUGAGCCAAUUCACCCAAGCAGUGCAGAGAUUAUACAAUCAAGGAGCAAGAGUGUUUUGGAUUCACAAUACAGGUCCUAUUGGAUGUAUACCCUAUUAUUACUUCUUUUAUCCACACAAGAACGAGAAGAGUAACUUGGAUGCCAAUGGCUGUGUUAAACCUCACAACGAGCUUGCUCAGGAAUAUAACAGGCAGCUAAAAGACCAAGUGUUUCAGCUAAGGAGAAUGUUUCCAUUAGCCAAAUUUACAUAUGUUGAUGUUUACACAGUCAAAUAUACACUUAUCAGCAAUGCAAGGAGCCAAGGUUUUAUGAAUCCAUUGGAAUUUUGUUGUGGAAGUUACCAAGGUAACGAAAUACAUUAUUGUGGGAAGAAGUCCAUAAAAAAUGGAACAUUUUAUGGCUUUGCAUGUGAUGACCCCUCUACAUAUAUCAGUUGGGAUGGUAUACACUACUCCCAAGCAGCAAAUGAAUGGAUUGUUAAACAAAUUCUCUCUGGUUCCUUCUCUGAUCCACCAGUUUCACUUGGGAAUGCAUGCUAA